CCUUUCAGAGCGCGAGAGCACCGCCAACCGCGCGCCGAGCGCGUUCUCUCCAUUUCCACAAGUGUUUUCUUCUUGCCUCGUUCACACAAACCCGUUUCAGCUGUUCGGUGUCCACGCGCCCGGCGUCUUCUGUCAGUUGCGGACAGUUUUCUGUUUCCAGUGAAGUACGUUUGAAAAAGACGAAGCUCAGAACGAGGCUGAAGCAUCUUUAAGAGCGCGCGCAUCUCUCUGCGAGCGUGAACAACAUACGCGUGCCUCAGAAGACCCGUCAGCUCAGUGUUUCAGAAACGAGUCACCCGAACUUUCAAGGAAUAUUUAGCAGCAAUUAAAGGAGGAAUUUAUUCAUUUUUCUGUCAGGAACUGAGAAAAAGUAAUAACCUACGUCAGGGGAUAUUAAAAGACGGAAUACGAAGUGGACGCUGCGUUCCGAGAGAAUUUUUUGCAAGCGUCAGAUUUGCCGUUUGUGUAACACACGGGUCCGUCGCCACAAACGUUUUCUGUGGGAAGUUUCUGAGUUUUUUGACGGAAGAAAUGGGCAUAACUGGUUAUUUUGUCAUGCCGUGGAAAUGCCUGGUGGUUGUGGCGCUAAGACUGCUGUUCCUUGUGCCCGCAGGAGUGCCAGCAAGAAGCGGAGACUCUUAUUUAAAGGACAACAUCACUGUCAGACAGGGAGACAGUGCCGUCUUAAAGUGCAAUGUUGACAACAAAGUCUCACGGGUGGCGUGGCUCAACCGGACCACCAUUCUCUUCACGGGCAAUGAAAAGUGGUCUUUGGACCCGCGGGUGGUCCUGUUAAACACAGCUGUCACUGAAUACAGUAUAAUGAUCCUAAAUGUCAACUUAUAUGACGAGGGACCAUAUGUAUGUUCCAUUCUCACAAACAAGAAACCUGAAUCGACAAAAGUGCACCUCAUCGUACAAGUUCCUGCCAGGAUUGUAAACAUAUCCACGGAUAUUUCGGUGAAUGAGGGAAGUAACGUAAGCCUCAUGUGUCUGGCGAUCGGACGACCUGAACCCACCAUUUUGUGGAAAUUACGCUCCUCCAAAGGUAGCAGAGUUAUAACCGAGGGCGAAUAUGUGGAAAUUAACGGAAUCACCAAAGACAUGUCCGGCUCGUACGAAUGCAUGACCUCAAACGAUAUCUCGCCUCCAGACGUCAGGACUGUUCAGGUUACCGUAAACUAUCCGCCUGUCAUUUCGCGAGCUCGGAGCACGGGAACGGCUGUUGGUCAGAAAGGGGUACUGUGGUGCGAGGCAUCAGCCGUGCCUCUGGCAGAUUUUGAAUGGUUUAAGGGUGACCGCAAAAUCUUCAAUGGACUCAAUGGGAUCAAGAUCGAAAACAAAGGGAAACAAUCCAUGCUAACCUUCUUUAACGUCUCUGAAGAGGAUUACGGGAACUACACCUGCGUGGCUAUGAACACUUUGGGGAUAACAAACGCGAGCAUUAUUUUGUACGGCCCCGGAGCGAUACACGACGUGAACAAUUCAGCAUCUUCGCCAACCAACUCGUUCUUGCUCCUAACGCUCGUCCUAACGCUCUCGUUCCUGAGCAAGUUUUGAUGCUAAAGCACCUGCCCGCUUCUCAGUACCAGACUCACAGUCCCACACAAAGAGGCAGAAUACUUUAUCGAUUAUUAUUAUGUUUUUAUUAUUUUGCCUUAAAUUUUAUUUCUGAGGGAAUAAGGUCAGUGUGGGUUUAUGGGUCUGUAAUAGGAUGCUUUGGGAUUUAACAAUAUUUCGGAUUUUCAAAUGGUAAACUGGACUGUGAAUGGAGUCAGUUGUUAGCCGGGUAGAACUUAUAGAUCCAACUACAGUGUAUGUGUCUCUCCAACCUUUUGUAUGUGAAAAGAGAAGCAAAAAUUCAUGUAAUCGUGAAUAACUGAAUGGUUAUUUUGCUCAGUAUUGAACUGUGUGACUUGAGGUUACUGCUGUGUCCUGUUUCAUGUAAAAUAACAUGGUUUUCUUUUUUUAUUAAAAUAAUGUAAAAAAUGACAAACAGCAAAAAAGAAAGAAUGAAAAAAAAACAAUGUAAUAUUUGAUUUACUGUACAUGUACAGAUGUAUGCAAAUACCGUUCACACAUUAAUAAGAUCUAUACGUUCAUUAUAAUAUAGCACACAGGCGGCAUAAUGCAUCCUUCAGAGUUCAUCAUCAUUAUGUUUAAAUAACAGAGGAAAAUUAAAGACAGCUUGCAUGUGUACCGAGCUGACAUACAGUAGUUACAUGCGGUAGGAUAGGCUCUUUAUCUGGUCUAACAUACUGUACUUUAGGGUAGAUGCGUUUUUUUACCGUACAGUAGAUUGUACAUGUAUGCCCCCAAAAAAACAACAACAGUAUAUGUGAGAUACUAAGAUGCAUAAUAAAUCUGUUCCUCAUACAAUACCUUUAGGUUGACAGCCGUACCAAAUUCCCACAUGGGACAGAGGAAGUGAUUUGAAGAAUUAUGUAUCACAGUAUGUGUAAUCGCAUACCUGAUUCACAGGAAUCAUUUUGUUAGCAUUCAGAUGUUGAUAGUGACACAUUUCAUACCACCAAAAAAUCAUUGUGUACUUUGUGCAAAUUCCCUUAUCAUAUUUUUUUCAUUUCAUCAAAAUGCUUUGGAUGAGACUUUUAUUAUUAAAAUGUUAAAGAUGUU